GAGUUCAAGAAAAGGCGAGACGGGGAGAUGGCGGGAGGAGGAGGAGGAAGAUCGUUGGAGCAAACGCCGACAUGGGCGGUUGCCGUAGUUUGUUUUGCGUUGGUUGCCAUUUCUAUUGUAAUAGAGUUCAUUAUCCAUCUUAUUGGCAAGUGGUUGAAGUCUAAACACAAAAGAGCAUUAUAUGAAGCACUUGAGAAGAUAAAAGCAGAGUUAAUGUUGUUGGGAUUUAUAUCCUUACUAUUAACAGUAGGGCAAGAUCCAAUUUCAAAUAUUUGUGUAUCUGAAAAGAUUGCAAGUACGUGGCAUCCAUGUAGUAAACAAAAAGAAGCUGAAAUGAACAAAUAUAUUUCCGGUGACUUAGAAGGUCAUCGCCGGCGACUUCUUACAGCUGAUGAUGGCGGAGUCCGGCGAGUUUUGGCAGCUGCCGGAACUGACAAAUGUGCAGACAAGGGAAAAGUGGCAUUUGUGUCUGCUGAUGGUAUUCAUCAAUUACAUAUUUUCAUUUUUGUGCUGGCUAUUUUUCACGUAUUCUAUUGUGUUACCACAUUGGCAUUGGGAAGAGCUAAGAUGAGUCGUUGGAAGACAUGGGAAAAAGAAACAAGAACAGCUGAGUACCAAUUUUCUCAUGAUCCAGAGAGAUUUCGAUUUGCUAGAGACACAUCAUUUGGAAGAAGACAUUUGAGUUUUUGGACUAAAAAUUCAGUUCUUCUAUGGAUUGUUUGUUUCUUCAGGCAAUUUGUAAGAUCUGUUCCAAAAGUUGAUUAUUUGACCCUACGACAUGGUUUUAUCACGGCACAUUUGGCACCUCAGAGCCACAUAAAUUUUGAUUUCCAAAAAUAUAUUAAGAGGUCAUUAGAAGAAGACUUCAAAGUAGUUGUUAGCAUCAGUCCCCCAAUUUGGUUCCUUGCUGUAUUAUUCCUACUCUUCAAUACUCAUGGCUGGUAUUCUUAUCUGUGGCUACCGUUUAUUCCGUUACUUGUGAUAUUAUUAGUAGGAACUAAACUACAAGUGAUUAUAACAAAAAUGGGAUUAAGAAUUCAAGAAAGGGGAGAAGUAGUGAAAGGGGUCCCUGUGGUUCAGCCUGGAGAUGAUUUAUUUUGGUUCAAUCGUCCUCGUCUACUACUUUUUUUAAUUAAUUUUGUUCUUUUUCAGAAUGCUUUUCAAUUGGCUUUCUUUGCUUGGACUUGCUAUGAAUUUGGGCUGAAAUCUUGUUUCCACGACCAUACUGAGGAUAUCGUAAUUAGAAUGGCAAUGGGGGUUCUUAUUCAGAUUCUUUGCAGCUAUGUCACUCUUCCAUUAUAUGCUCUCGUGACACAGAUGGGAUCAACAAUGAAACCAACAAUCUUCAAUGAAAGAGUAGCAACAGCAUUGAGGAAAUGGCACCAUAGUGCCAAAAAACACAUCAAAGAGAUCAACAAGCAACAUUCAAAUCCAACAACUCCAAUGUCAAGUAGGCCAGCAACGCCCUCUCACGGCAUGUCACCCGUCCAUCUCCUACGCGGUAUCAGGACGAGUGACAUGGACGUGAGUCCACGAAGAUCGAGUUAUAAUGUAGACCAUUGGGACAUUGAGGGCUCGCCAUCUCCAACUCGAUUCUAUCAAGGUGGUACUGGAGAUGGCUCGCCCUCACCAUCCUACAUGCAUCAAGUUCAAAUUAGUCAUGACGUAAUACGUCAUGACUCUGAAGGUCACGGGCCUAGUUUGUCAGAAAUUGAGGCUUGUGACCAACAUGAGAUCAAUAUGGCUCGUCCAAGGGAUUUUUCAUUUGAUAAAAGAACGACUAGUGUAUAA